GUCAUUACGGUAACCACGCAUCCUCUCCCCAUGUCAAACAUGGCGCUGUCCUGCUCCAACCUGUGUAGCCAUUUGUCUUUGAUCCGCCUGUGUGGUCUCAGGACAAACAUAAUAAAUAAUGGAGUAUACUCUCCAUACACGGCAUACCAGUCUGGGCUUCCCUUGUGUAGACACUAUUCAUCGUCCAAAGUUAGACGAGGUGUUGUUCGAUAUGUUUCUUCAAAGCUACAAAGAGUAAACACCAAAUAUGAAGCUUUCCUCAAAAGGCGAUUUCCUCGCUUUUUCCAGCUGUACCACACUUUUGUGGAAGUCUUCUACCGUCGUCUUAUUCCAGGAUUCAAGCUACUGUACCAAGACGGCAAAGCUGUGGGGAGGAUAAAAGCAAAGAUGGGCACCAUGGGAGUAAAGGCCAAGGAUUUGCCCUACAGGGAUAUGGAGAUGCUCCGUCAUUUUCGUAGAAACACGGUCAAGGCCGUUCCAUUGGUACUGCUCUCCAUUCCUCCCUUUGCCAACUACCUGGUCUUUGUCCUGAUGUACUUUUUCCCCCGCCAGCUCCUGGUCCCUUAUUUCUGGACUCCCAGCCAGAAGGUGGAGUUUCAGGGGAUUUACCAUUCCCUCAGGGCACAGCAUCACCUUCCUGUGCUCCAAGGGCUCGAGAGAACAAGUCACACGAUCAAAGACGGACAGCUGCAGGGACGGCUGAGGGACCUGUGUGCUAAAGUGCAAAAUGGAGUGACCCCCAAAGCGUCAGAAAUCCUUGCUGUUCGCAGCCUGUUUUCUGGCCCCCCUCUGGGUGUGAAGAGGAUGAGCACAGAUCACAUGAGGCACAUCAGCCCCUUGCUCUUUCUGACGCCCCGCCUCCCGGGUUUCCUGAUUGGCCGGCGGCUGAACAGCCACGCCCUGGAGCUGCUCCAGCUGGACCGGGCCCUCAUCAGGCUAGGCCCUCAGCAGCUGAGUGAGGCUGAGCUCAGACAGGCUUGUUUCGUUCGGGGGCUCAACUCUGGUAGACUUGAUGUUGACCAGUGCCGUGCGUGGUUAUCUCAGUGGCUCCAGGUGUCCUCUUCUUUGAAAGAUUCGGAGGUUUCCCUGCUUUUGCACAACCUUGUACUUCUCUCCGUCAACCACCCGAAAGGUUCCAGCGGACACUGACAGGAAGUCUGCAGCGGUCUGAUUCUGUGUUUUGUUGUCUUUUUUGUGCACUGGGCAGCACCACUUCCCAGGAGCUGUCAACAUCUCCCUUUAUUGCCAAAGAAAACACACGGCAAAACUGGUCUUUACAAGAUUUUGAGGUUUAGGAGGGACAAAAACCUGUCGACGAUCAAACUUGAACAGGUUUGCAGUACAAAGGAUGUUUUAGUUUAAGCUUUGAACAACGCAUAAAGUAAAUAUCUAGUUUAAGGACGUCUUUAUGAAAACAUGGUGAGCCUGCUGUGUUUAUCCAGGGUGGUGUGGUAGGAGAUUAAACUUCAUAAAAAAAGCACUAUAAGAGAGAUGUAUUUUGACUUAAAGAGUUCUCAUUCAGGCACUCAUAAGGGACUUGACAUUAUAAUGCACUGAACUAUAAUAAGCAGUGAUGUUAAGGUAAUAACAUGAUUACCAGUCACUGCAUCUCGAGCUGGUCUGUACAGCACAGACUGCUCAUUUGUUUACUUUUAAGCUAAGAUAUUAUUACACAGCUACAGAGCAAAGCAGGGAAACAAAGGGGGUUUUCUUUAGUAGCUCAGCAGCACAGUCUGCGUUGUAGAAAGCUAAAGCAGUUCAGACACAUUCCUUUCAUGAAUACAGGUGAAAUAGCUUUUAUGUGUUCAUUAUUUUUUACAUGUAUCAUAUCAAAGUCAAACUAUCUCCUUAUACGUUUACCUCACUUUGUGCUUCGCUCUUAAGGAUGAAUAAUGCAGGUCAUGACAGUGAUAUCCUGUGAAGGGAGGAUUUUAUCGCAGGAGAGGAAAAACUUUGUCAAAUGUGUAAAAAAUGGUUGAUGUGAAAAAAAAAAAAUUAGUAGACUGAACAAAAGCACCUUUAAAUUAUGUCAGUACUUCCUAAAUAUAUAAAAGAGAUAGAAAUAAAGCUAAAUUAUCGCUCAAUUGCAAAGACAUCAAGCUUCUGUAAGUGGUGAGAAGCUGAGUUUCUUGUAGGUUAGUAUCAUUUUGUUGUGCAGCUCAGUCUGAACAGAGUCGUGAUGGCACUUUAUCGUUUACUUGAUUAUUAUUUCUUUGGAAGCUUAAAAACACUUAACUCAUCGUGGUGGACCACACUCCCACACAGACUUAGUUACAAACCAUUUGCUUAUUCUGGGUAAACGCGAAGAGGAACUGCACAUCCCCUCUGCCGGUGUUUGGUGUUGUAAAGUGUAAAAUAGGAAACGUCAUUUACUCUGUGUGCCUUUUGCAUGGACGGCACAUUACAUCUACAUGAGUUCUGUUCUGUUAAUGAUUCAUUUUAAGUAUGUGAUGUUUUUCCUCAACAGGUUAAAAUGUUGUGUUGCUGUGCCAAUAUGAUAAAACAUUGUAUCAGAGCUGUGUCUGAAUUAAAUACCUUUUAUGAUGCA